UUGGACACCUGUGCAGGACACUUCUGGUUCGCGAUUCCCUUCGGUAGCCCCCACGGGGCGGGGACCAGGAGUUAGGAAAUGGAAGAGGCGCCAGAGGCUCGGGAUUCCCGCACCCGGGACAGACCGAGGAACCGAGACCACCGCCCGGAGAGACAGCGGGACAGAGAUCACGGCCAGGAGAGACAGCGGGACAGAGAUCACGGCCAGGAGAGACUGAGGGACAGAGAUCACGGCCAGGAGAGACAGCGGAACAGAGACAGACGGCGGGAACGAGACGGGGACAGACCUAGAGACCCAGACUGGGACAGGCGGGGCGACCGAGAUCCGGACAGAAGGGGGGACAGAGACCGGGACCGGCGGGAGAACAGAGACUGGGACCGGCGCGGGGACCGAGAUGGGGACAGGCGGAGCGAGCGAGACCCGCGCCUGGACAGACAGGACUGGGAGCACCCCCGCUCGAAUGGACAAAGGGUUCGAGAAAAAUCCCGCCAAAGCAGGACCCAGGACGUAGUUUGGGAGCAGCCCCGGGACAGAGCCCCUCCCCUCUGGCCUGCCCGGGAAGAAACGCCAGAUCCCUGGGCCCAGAGGAAGACUGGGUUCGGACGGUCGGAGAGUGACUACCCUUUGGGGAGAUCUCUGACCUUCAGCCCAAGGCCUGAAUUGGAAGAGGUGGAAUACUACCAGUCAGAGGCCGCUGGCCUACUGGAAUGCCACAAAUGCAGAUACUUGUGCACUGGGAGAGCCUGCUGCCAACUGAUGAAGGUCCUGCUGAACUUGCUGAUUCUGGCCUCUAGCUCUGUGUCUUACAACUCGACGGGGGGCUACACGGGCAUCACCAGUCUUGGGGGCAUUUACUACUACCAGUAUGGAGGAGCCUUCAGUGGUUUUGAUGGUCCCGAUGGGGAGCAAGCCCAACAGUUGGACAUCCAGUUCUACCAUCUUAAGCUGCCCACGGUGACAGCAGCGAUGGCCUAUGGAGGGGGCCUCAUGGCCUUCUCCUGCCUCCUUAUUCUCCUGGGUGUCCUUCGGGUCCCAUGGCAUUGCCCACUGUGGCUGGUGAUUGAAGCCAUUUUGGAUGUGCUCAUUGCUGGCAGCUACAUCCCUGCCUUGUAUUUCUAUUUCCACCACCUCUCAGCUGCCUACAACUCUCCUGUGUGUAAAGAGAGGGAGACCUUGUAUCAGAGCAAAGGGUAUAGCGGUUUUACUUGUAGCUACCAUGGUGGAGACAUAGGGGCUGGACUUUUUGCUGCUAUUGGCAUCGUUGUCUUUGCUGUCGGGGCUGUUCUAGCCUUCAGGGCAUACAGAAGAAUCAGAAAGUCUGAAGAGAAGCUGACAGAAACACAUGAAUUAUAGUCUUUCAUCAGCUUCUGCUAGAUCUCAAAAACUUCACCUUAUUUUGGAACAAGCUAUCUAUGGAUGGGUGGAAAUACACGGUGAGACUGGUGCACAGAGGAGAAAGUAACAAACUUCGAAUUCUCUUCCCUUGGGAAAAUUUUCUUAGAAAUCAUUGUAAACCAAGCCCUGCAGAGAGGUCUGGGCUACAACAAUAUGCCAUACUUGGGGAGUUUCUCUGAACUCAGCUAACUUUGUGUUCAGUAGAAGCCAGAUACAUUGGGACAGUUGUACCUAUUUUCUUACAAAUAUAACCUAUAAGUGGAGGAACAAGGAAUUCCCCAAUCCUCCCCCCAACCCCUGCCAUAACUCUCCAGUAUCUCCUUGCAUCCUUAAUUAGUAAAACAGAUGACUUGUAGUAGAAUACAUAAAUUGGAGAAUGGGAGUGGAAAAAGGAGAGAGUCACCUUGGAUUACAAACAAAUUGAAAUGCCAACAAAUGAAUCCCAGAAGCCUGAGUCAACAUUGCCUUUCAGUUAGGAAGACUAACCACUGUAUCUCCCAUGAGUAUGCCAUUAUGUGAGAAGCUUAAGGUGCUGGCAGAAAUUCAGAAACAACUCAGUAUAGCUUCACUGAAAGAAAAGUCCAAACCAAAGCAUCCUUUGAUCCAAAGUGAGCCUGUGACCUCAUUGUACCUUGAGUUUCCUUCUUUGUACAAGUUUGUUCUAAGCAAAUUCAAUCAUUAAAAAUCCAGAUUUGCACAAAACAUAAAUUGGGGUCAUACUGGCAAACUCUUCACUUUACAAAGAGACUCAGUAGAAUUCCUUCAAUAGUAUACUGCCAGGAUAUCUGUUAAAAAUAUAACUGGACUAAUGUACCUUUUUUAGGAACGUGGUAUGUAAAAGGACGGGCCACUCGGUGGCACAAUGGAUAGAGUGCCAGGCCCGCAGUCAGGAAGACUCAUUUUCCCAAGUUCAAAUCUAGCUUCAGAU